GAGGCUUGAUGUUGUUGCUGUUUUUGGAACCCAUGCUAGGCCAUAUUGUGUCCGAACUGCUGUAGUUAUAUUUUUGCUCGUAGCUUAUGGCGCUUGAAUGAUUGUAUUCAUUUACAAUAAACAUGUUUUUCAGAGAAAGUCUAGUUAAUACACAAAGGUUGGCAUUAGUCAAUAAAAUAUUGACAAAUCAGUGCAAGCGAUGGCUGUCACAGAUUUCAAUUACAAGAGCUGUCUUUGGAAUUUCUGAGGCAGAGCGUAAACGAGAUGAGUCAAUACCAGAUCCUCCACCAUUGAGAAUUUAUCAUUGCAAAAGGGAAGUUAGAGGAAUGCCAAGGAAAUUUAAUAUGGUUGCACAUCAGAUCAGAAGACUGCCAGUAGAUGAAGCCAUACAACAAAUGAAGUUUUCAAAUAAAAAGACAGCAAUAACAGUCAGAGAGACUCUUGAGGAGGCACAGCAAAUGGCAGUUGAAAAAUACAAUGUCAAGGAUAAAUCAAACCUUUGGGUUGAGCAGGCAUAUGUUGGGCGAGCUCAUCACAUGAAACAGAUUAAAUAUCAUGCAAGAGGAAAAUUUGGAAGAAUGAAAAUCUACUUUAGCAAUUUCUUUCUGAUACUUCAAGAGGGCCCAGCUCUAGAGAAAAACAAAAAGAAACAGAGAAAACACCUCACUGAACUACAGCAAAUUAAAAAACAUCCUUUUCAUAUUAUAAACUCCUUAUCUGCCUUUUAGUAUCCUUGUGUCUAUGGUAAUUUUUGGUAGAUGUCAAUGCUUCUUGUUAUUGUUUAAACAAAUAAAUUUAUAUCCAUUU